AUGAGUAAUAAUAGAUUAGUAAUUUUACAUGGUAAUGCUCACCCAAAAUUAAGUAAAGAGAUAGCAUCAUGUUUAAAUACAGAAGUUGGAAAUGCAUUAGUUUCAAAAUUUGCAAAUAGUGAAACACAAGUAAUAAUCAACGAAUCAGUUAGAGAUGUAGAUUUAUAUAUAGUUCAACCAACUUGUAAUCCAAGUGUAAAUGAUUAUCUAAUGGAAUUAUUGGUAAUGGUAGAUGGUGCAAAAAGAGCUUCAGCUCAUCGUAUCACUGCAGUAGUUCCAUUCUUUGGUUAUGCUAGACAAUCAAAAAAAGAUAAAUCAAGAGCGCCAAUCACUUGUAAAUUAGUUGCUAAUAUGAUGGAAGCUGCUGGUAUCGAUAGAGUAAUAACUAUGGAUUUACAUUCAAGUCAAAUUCAAGGUUUUUUUAAUAUACCAGUUGAAAAUGUUUAUACAGAACCAUUAUUUGUAAAAUAUAUUAAAAAGAAGAAAAAGACAGAAUUUUUAAAUCAAGAGUUUGUAAUUGUAUCACCUGGCGUUGGUGGUGUAAAGAGAGCAAAAGCAAUUUCAGAUAAAUUAGAGAGUGAAUUAGCAAUUAUUCAUCGUGCAAAUAAAGAGAUGUCAUUGUCAUUAUCAUCAUCAUUUUCAUUCGAUAUUGAAGAGACAGUUCUAGUUGGUGAUGUAACUGGAAAGAUUGCAAUCAUAAUCGAUGAUAUUGCAGAUACUUGUAAAACUUUAAAAUUAGCAUCAAAAGCAUUAAUUAAAAAAGGUGCAAUCAAAGUUUAUGCUUUAGUUACUCAUGGUGUUUUCUCAAAUAAUGCAAUCGAUAUCAUAAAUGAUUCAUCAAUCACUGAAUUGGUAAUUACCGAUUCAAUUCCAAAUGAACAUAACAAAGAAAAAUGUCCAAAACUUAAAAUCAUAUCAAUUGCCUCUGUUUUAUCUGAAACAAUGAGACGUUGUCAUCAUGGUGAAAGUGUUACUUCAAUUAGUAAAUAA